CUAAUCAUGGAUGUGAGUGGAUCACCAACACCAUUAAAGAAGGAGAAUGACGGUGAGAUGCCAGACGUAAACCUAAGAGACGCAAAGGGAAAGACAGCUCUGCAUAGAGCAGCUGAAAAUGGUCACAAUGAAAUCGCUAAACAUCUCAUCGAUAACGGGGCUCUUAUUGAUAUUGAAGAUCAUGAGAAAGAGACACCUCUUCAUUUAGCUGCGAAGAAUGGUCACAAGGAUGUUGCUGAACUUCUCGUUGAUAGAGGAGCCCUUCUUGGUGUUAAAAAUAAUGCGAAUAAGGCACCGAUCCACCUGGCACAUGAAAAUGGUCACAAUAAGUUGGCUCGAUAUCUCCUUGGACAAGUGCUUUGAUUCGAUAUGUUUUUCUUUGUCAAUCUCGUUGACCAUACCAACCAAUAUAGUUGCUUGGUUUGAACAUCAU